GCCCCCAGCGCGCCGGCUCGCGGGGCCUCAGACCCCUGGUUCUCCGGCGUCCCCUUCGAGUUCCGGCGCCGCUCUGCAGACUUGCGAGUGUGGGGCAGCCCGGGCAGUGGACGCAGUCAGCCUCGGAGGCUUCGCCCCAUGGCCGUCGUCCCCUGCUAGGUUUGCCGGGGCCCCGGCCUUGCAGUCGCCUCGCCACCAGUGCUGAGGAUCAAACCCAAGGCUUGGGCAUGUUAGACAAGCACUCCUGAUUGUUGUUUUUAUAACUUAACAGUUAAAAGUAUGGAGCCUGAAACUGAAGGGCCACCACCAACAAUCCAAGUGACACCUGUCCAGCAAAUGAUUGCCUCAUGUACUGGAGCUGUGUUGACAUCACUAAUGGUGACACCCCUAGAUGUUGUUAAAAUUAGACUCCAAGCCCAGAGCAACCCAUUCCCCAAAGGAAAGUGUUUUUUAUACAGUAAUGGACUCAUGGAUCACAUGUGUAUCUGUGAAGAGGAGAGUAAGAAAGCGUGGUAUAAGAAGCCAGGGAACUUCCACGGAACACUGGAUGCCUUUUUAAAAAUUCUUCGAAAUGAGGGUGUAAAAUCACUAUGGAGUGGCCUCCCUCCUACUCUAGUGAUGGCAAUUCCUGCCACAGUUAUUUAUUUUACCUGCUAUGAACAGUUAAGUGCUUUCCUGAAAGCCAAAUUAGGAGAAAAUGAAACCCGAAUACCAAUAGUUGCUGGGAUUGUCGCCAGAUUUGGUGCAGUAACAGUGAUAAGUCCAUUAGAGUUGAUCAGAACCAAGGUGCAGUCUAAGAAGUUUUCGUACAAGGAACUCUAUCAAUUUGUGAGCGUGAAAGUGUCUGAAGACGGUUGGAUUUCCCUUUGGAAGGGCUGGGCUCCUACUAUUCUUAGAGAUGUGCCUUUCUCAGCAAUGUACUGGUAUAAUUAUGAAAACUUAAAGAAGUGGCUUUGUGAGAAAUCUGGUUUAUAUGAACCAACAUUUAUGAUCAACUUUACUUCGGGAGCAUUGUCUGGUUCUUUUGCAGCUGUUGCAACUUUACCAUUUGAUGUAGUAAAAACACAGAAACAGACGCAACUGUGGACGCAUGAAUAUUGUAAAUUUCCUGCACCUUUGGAUAUGUCAACCUGGACUAUAAUGAAGAACAUUGUUGCUGACAAAGGAUUGUCUGGGUUGUUUACAGGUCUAAUUCCUCGGUUAGUUAAAAUUGUCCCCGCUUGCGCCAUUAUGAUCAGUUCAUACGAAUUAGGAAAGUCGUUCUUCCAGAAGCACAACGUUGACAGUCAGUAACUCACAUGAUGGACUUUUGACUUGAAAUAGCAACCCGAGCCAAAUAACAUGAAAAUCUGUAGGCAAGAUGCCUUAUUCCAACAUUAUUAUCUUACAGUGUGACUUUAUCUGUCUUCCCUAUAAUUUAAAUGAAUAAUAAUUUCUAAUCCACCUCUAAUAAUCCUAAUUUUGAUUUUUUGAAAUAUUAAAAAUAUAAUCCAGAGACUGCAGCCACUUAGUAUUCAUGCAAAGAAAGUUGCUCCUUAACAGGACAGGUUUAAUGAGUGUGUAUAUCACUACACACUUCCUUUUAAAUCGAAGCUGUCAGUGUGGGUCGCAUCAGAACUGUUUGGGUUGCGUACUAAGCAUUGCAGUGCAGAAAGCUAAGUGCAGUCUCACACAAAUUCAGUUCCUAAGGACCAGCAUGUAGGUAGGGGGGAGCUGGCUGCCACGAGGCACUGUUCACAUGCCCAAAUAUGCCUGCUAGCUUCCGCAGGGCGGGGCAUUGUACUCCCUCACUGCUGUUACUGCUUUAGGGGUCAGAAUUUCCCUAAUGAAAAGUGUAGCCACUUUAUCUGUGUGAACCAAAGUAUAAUCAUUUACAUGGUGUAAAUGAUUGGCAUUUUUAGUGACUAACAAUGCUUAUUUAAUAUUUCUGUUGGGUAUAUUUUCACAGUAAAUGUCACCCAGAUAUACUAAAUCUGGGUCUGCAGUAGAGAACCUUGCUGUACUUAGACUAGUGAAAAUAACUAGUUUGGGGCACAGGAAUGGGCUGCUUGUAACAAGCUUGCCUUCCAAGUGUCAUUGUUUGUAGAGUUCUUUAGGUCAGUUCUACAAUCAAUAUUCCCUAAUCUAAACUUUUGACCAAAAUAUAAAAUGCUCCAAAAAUUUCAAUUCUUCUAUUUGAUUUCCCAGAAAGAUGCUGCUACAAUCCCACACCUUCCCUCAGGUGACAGCAUACAGAACACAGACACAUAGAAGCAUAGCUUUUAGGCUAUUUGUAUACAUUGUAUAUGAAACACAUGAAUAUAUUUAUCACUUUAAGUAGGAAUAAGGGUUUUAAAAAUUACGUUUAUUUAUUUGUUGUAUAUGUCUGUAUAUAUAUGAAGGUCAGCGGGAACUUUGAGGAGUUAGGUCUCCCAUUCCACCAGGUGGGCUUUGGGAUUUGAACCCAGAUGGUCAUGCUGAGCAGCGAGUGCCCUUCACACACCGAGCUCAGGAGUGAGAGUGUAAGUAUGAUGGGAAUGCAGGGGUAGGGCACUGUGGCUUUGGAAAGUGUAACUCAGAGUCUGAUCUCCAGCACAGAUGAUAAACAGUUUAAUAAGUAAGUAAGAUGGCAAUGCAAGGAACGCUAUGCUGCUUUACUUAUCUCUACAAAGCAAAACGCACUUUAUCUCGUUCUUGUGUAUUCUAUGAAGUAUGAAGGAUCCCCUCCUGCUACAACAGCAUAAUGUAUGUUGGUGACAGUGAUCUCUAGGGUUGGUCGGCAGACAAAUGCACUUUGUAUCAUAGUGGAAAGUGUAUGUUUUAUCAGAAAUAAAUGAUACACGGUUUAUUGUACCAUGUUGUUUUACAUUACAAUCCUGUGUUGAUUUACAUUAAACAUUUAAUAUAUCCAUA